CACACCGUGACACAGGUGUUCAAUACAACAGAAAGCUCAUUUUAGAAGAUAAUAAAAAACAAAUAAUGAAUAAAAUUCAUAAUAUUCAAUUAACAUAUUAUUUUGGCUGCAAAAAACAUCGAUGUUUGCCAUAGAAAAUCGAUGUUUAACAAUUUUUUAUUCAUUUCGAAGUUUUGUUUCUCAGCGUGUGGUUUAUUUCGCGUGUGUUUAUUUAAACAAACAAUGUUAAUUCAUUUGACGACCUCCCAUCAAGAGAAUUUUGUAUACGAGAACCACAGAUGAGCUAAGAGAAGACAGAAAAAUAAAUUAGAAAAAACUCACAAAGGCAAGAGGUCCAGACAGCAGUAUCUAUAACAUAAACAACAACAAUAGCACUGCCCCCGGCCCCUCUGCGUGCUCAACAAAGGACACCCGCCAUCGUAUUACACACACACACACAUGCAUAUAAGAGCCAUCAAGGUUAUUAUGUGAAGAAAUGCUGUGACUCCAAUUUUGUUGGUGCACUGAACCAAAAAAAAAAAAAAAUAUGAAAUCAAAUUGAAUGCAUUGAAAUUGCGAAUCGAACGAAGACGAAGAACGAAGGACGACGAGUGUUGCAAUUGCCUCGGCAUGUUGUGCUUCGACUCGGAGAAGAUGAAUUGGUAUUAUCAUGUGUUGGCACGUCGACCGUAUCUGGUGGUUAUUUCCAUAGCCGUCUAUUGUGUGGCCUGCAUUAUUGUGGCACUGAUAUUGAACGACCUGCCCGACUUCAGUGACCCCACCUUGGGCUUCGAAUCGCGCGGCACUGCGAUAGGCAAACGUUUGACCUCUUGGCAUAAUCUGGAACAGGAAUGUGAUGGCAAUGGCGCCUUAUUCUCCAAUCCAUCGGAUCUGCUGCAGAAGAUGCAGCUCCAGCAUAGGCAGCAUCCUAACCACAAGCGGCACAAAAAACAGCAGCGGCGCAAAAAAAAUAAGAAACGCAAGGAGCACAACAACGGCAACAAGAAGAAUCAACACGAUGAUAUGGCCAACAAAAUGAUGGUGCUCAACAAGCGACUGAAGGCCACCAAGCGACCGACUUCAAGUGAGAACAAAUGGCUGGAUGGACAAAUACGUGACUACGAGAUCACCAACGACAGCAACAGUAGCAACAAUGGUGCAUCCACCAUUGAAUAUGGACACAACACAACGUUUGUCGAUGAGGAUGAGCAUCGUGAGCGUAUGCAGAGCAAGAGCAGCAGAUGGCGCAUGCUGAAGCAGGCAACGCUUCCCAACGAUUUGGGUUGGCCGGAGGCCAAAGCGGCGAAGGAAUCGAUUGAGGGCUUUUUCUGUGAUUCUUCGCCGCACAAACGUUAUGCUCAUUUUGUGGUGCAACGCAUUGGACCCAAUGCCACCGAUUCGUUGUUCGAUUUGAAUGGCAUGCUGGCCAUGUGUCAGUUACAGGAGCAAAUUAGUUCGGUGAAAAGCUAUCAGGCGUUCUGUGAAAGAGAAGGAUCAGAAGCAGAAGUGACAUCCAACUGUUGUCGGCCUUGGUCGUUGCCCAAUUAUGCCACUUUGUUGGCCAAUAAAAGUUCGUGUUUCGAUCUGAACACAGAGGACGUUGCCCUGCUGCAAACGCUGCUCAUCAAUUGCUUUGAGUAUUAUCACGAUCUGAAGAUUGACAUGAACUGCAAUACCUUAAAUCGUUGCUAUGCACCUGAGGAAUGUACGCGUCAUGCGGAUAUUGUGUUCAGUGUGCUGAACUUUCUCACUGACUACGGCUUCAUUAAACCCAAUGACACAAAUGUUUAUUUGAAGUACGCCAUGAUUUUUGUGCCAAUUGCACGAUCUAAUCGCAUCCUGACGCUAUUUCACGAAUGGGAACACGUUGAUCUGAGCAACGAACUCGUCGAAGUCAUAGGCAUGGAUUUGGGCUUGGAGAACGAACUUUUUAGCGAACUGCUGCUCACGGAUGUUUGGCUGGUCUCACUCGGAGGUCUUUUUGUGCUCGCCUGCGUCUGGUUGUACACUGGAUCAGCGUUUAUCACCGUGAUGUCGUGCCUAGCGAUUUGUUUUUCGCUGGGAUUGGCUUACUUUGUCUACACAUUGGUCUUUGAGUUCAGCUUCUUCCCAUAUAUGAAUCUGUUGGCCGUUGUGGUGAUCAUUGGCAUUGGUGCCGAUGAUGUCUUCUUGUUCCUAAAGAUCUGGCAAUGUGUGCUGGCCGAACGUUUUAGCAAGAGCAGCACAUUGAACACACAGUCAACGCUACCCACACCUUUGGAGCAUAAUGAGCACACGGAAACAUUGGAGAAUCUUAUGGCACUGACAAUGCGACAUGCGGCUGCCUCGAUGUUUGUUACCUCGGUGACAACAGCGGGUGCUUUCUUUGCUUCAUAUAGCAGCUCAAUCAUAGCCAUCAAAUGUUUUGGCAUUUUUGCUGGUACUGUUGUGGUGACGAACUAUUUGCUGAUGAUUACCUGGCUGCCGGCAUCGGUUUCAAUUAUGGAGCGUCUGUUUGCUAGUCGCAUGUCCUGCCAGCAGCAUCUGUUACAGAAGCUAAUCAACGCUUGCAAGAAGUCAAUUAAUCGAUUUUGUGAACUGUUCGAGGAGCGCAUCACACACAGCAUUAUGAACUAUGCAUUCUUAUGGCUAAUCAUCUUUGCAAUACUGGGCACAGGCAGUGCAAUAAUUGUGUUUUGGUAUCCGGGACUGCAGCUGCCGGAGAAACCACAUUUUCAGCUGUUUGUCUCACAUCAUCCCUUUGAGAUCUAUUCGAAGCUGCGUCAUCUGUUUUGGUUUGAAAAGACACUGCAAGCAGUGGAGAAUUUCAAUAUGAGCAUGCGUUUCGUUUGGGGCGUAGAGGCGAUGGACGAUGGCGACUAUACGAAUCCCAAUUCACAUGGCAACCUACACUAUGACAAUAAUUUUAAUAUAUCUAGCAAAGAGUCACAGAUUUGGCUGCGUAACUUUUGCCAAAACGUGCGACAGCAGCCGUUUUAUCAAGCGACUUUUGGCUUCUUGUUGCCCAACUGUUUUAUCGAGAAUUUUAUACGUUUUAUGGAGCGCAGAUGCAUUGAUGACAUGGACUCAACACACACGAACUCAACGCCCUGCUGCGCUGCCGAAUUCCCCUACGAACCACAUAUAUUUGAGCUGUGUUUACCUCAAUGCAUAUCCAAUCUAUGGGAGACAAGAUUUUAUCAGCAAAGCAAAGCGGGUCCCAGGUUUGCUGCUGCACCCAGUCGAACCGAUCUUGGCUAUUUGGAGAGCAGCAGCAACGAAAGUCUAAGCAUGGAGUCGACAUCAAUGCAACUGCUUGUUAAGGCGCUAAUCAUUGAGUUCGAUUCGAACAUAAGCUAUAGUACCAUCUAUAGCAAUAUGAAAGUGUUUUACGAGAGCGUCGAGAGCUGGUUUCAACAGCAGCUCAGCACUGCGCCGCAGGAAUUACGCGGCGGUUGGUUCAUCAGUGACUAUGAAUCUAUAAUGUUUUUUAGUGUUCAGGAUACGCUCUCCAAUGACACAAUAGUCGCCAUCAUUUUGGCCAUGGCCGCAUCACUUGUGGUGCUAUUGUGCUUCACACUCAAUCUGAUCAUCUCCAUAUAUGCUGUCAUUACCGUUUCCCUAACCAUAUUCAACACUGUGGCUGUGCUAAUUUUACUCGGUUGGCAAUUGAAUAUAUUGGAGAGCAUUGCCGUCUCAACGGCCAUCGGACUGGCUGUGGACUUUAGCCUACAUUAUGGCAUACACUAUCGCCUGGCGCCAUCCAAGGAGCGUGUGGCAGCCACACAAUUUGUGCUGUCCCGCAUCAUUGGACCGACGGUGAUGGCGGCAGCAACCACGGGCUUUGCCGGUGGCAUUAUGAUGGCAUCAAAUAUACUACCCUAUAUACAGAUUGGUGUCUUCCUCGUUGUGGUCAUGGUCACCAGUUGGCUGUAUGCCACAUUCUUUUUGAUGAGCAUGCUCAAAGUCGCUGGACCGCAGUACGGUUUCAUGCAGCUUGGUUGGCCGAAAUUGCGCAAACGUCGCACUGCAAAGGCCAACAAGUUCUACGAAAGAAAACCCAGCCAAAUUAUUGCUAGUGAACAGCUGCUAACGCCCACGAGUUCAGCUAUUGUUGAGAUGGCGAAUUCGGAGACACAUGAACUGGAAUCCCUCAAUUCGAAUAGCCAAAUCAAAACAAUAUCGGGCACAGAAAGUGGACACACUUUGCCUGCGCUGCCCGUCGACUUUGAGCACUCAUUCCAAACUGUGCACUAGGGUUAUAUAUAUAUACAUAUAUAGUAAGUAUAUCAAUUGGAGCCGUCUGUCUAUCUUGUUGCGAUGAUGCCAUCAUCAAUGGAGCUGCGACAAUUUGCAUUUUUUAUAUAUACAGGGCAAAGCUGUAAAGCGAUCCCCAGCAUACAUUUAUAUAUAUACAUAUAUAGUACUUAGCACAUAUACAUGGUGCACCAACUACUUUGUUAGCAUUAAGCCCAAAAAGCUCAAAGAGGCGACAAGGACAAGAAGUUUGCGCAUUUUAUACUUUGCUAAUAUUGAGAGAUUAGUUAGAGAUAUGUUAAGGCAUAAUAAUAGGAGGGAGGGAGGGGAGGUAUAACGAGAGAGAGACAGAUAAAUCGAUCAAAAUGUAUUAAGCUUGAGCAAAUUGAAUGACUCUUUUUAGUGUGCUAUUUCAAAAAGACUUCAAACAGUUGCAAUGCGCUUUUUUACUUAUGGUAGUUAUUGUAACGUUUUGACGCCCCGAGCCACAAAAUUUUUGGGCUCACAAAUUGUAAACUGAAGCAAUUAGCGGAGAGUACUGGGUACGUCCAAUAAAAACAAAAAAAAAACAUACAAACAAAAAAA